UCGAGAUUGGAUCGAGAGCAGCGGCCAUGAAAAUGGAUCGGCGGAUGAUCAUCGUGUCGUCGAUCAUCGGUUCUCUCGGGGUGCUGAGCGCCAUCCUCGGGUUCUCAGCCGAGGGCACGAAGCUCACUGCUUGGACCGUGUACCAGUAUCGAGGUGUGUGCCUGUACCCGCAUAACCCCGCGCUGGGGCUCGGGGUCUGCGCGGCCAUCUUCCUCAUCAUAGGCCAGAUCAUCUUCGCGGUCGUCGGCGGCUGCUGCGGCUGCUGCAAGUCCCGCGCCAUCCCCUCCGAGACCAACCGGGUCAUUGGCAUCGUCUGCGCCGUCUUCUCAUGGAUCGCGGCGGUGGUCGCCUUCGGGCUGCUGGUGGAAGGCGCCAAGUGGAACGACACUGGGACGCGGUACUCGUCAGGGUACGGUGGGUGCUACGUCCUCAAGGACGGCAUCUUCGCCGGCGGCGCCGUGCUCACGCUCGUCGCCACUGCCCUCGGCCUCACCUCCUACAUCAUGCUCAGCACGCAGCCAGCCGCUCCCGCUACUGCCAACGCCACCGCCGCGCCCCCAAAGGAAGGCGAGCAGAUGCCGGCCGCCGCCGAGAUCCCGACGGCACAGCCACAGUUCCCGCAGCAGGCUUCUCCCCAGGGGCAGGGGUACGGCCAAGCGCCGAACGCGAAGCUCCCCCAUGUUCCUGUUCCUGUGGCUUCUCCGGCACAAGGCUAUGGAACGCCGAACGGGCAGUUGCCCCCUCUUCCUGCACAAGGCUACCGUGCGCACGCGCCGGACACGCAGAUGCCCGCCGCUUCUCCUCCUCCGGCUCAGGGCCAUGGACCGCACACGCCGAACGAGCAGGCCCUGCCUGAGCUGCCUCCCAAAGGACAUGAAAUGCUCGCGCGCCCCGUCUGAUCAACCGUGCAUGACCGCGCAUGCAUUCGUGCUAUACUUCGUGAUUUCGACCGGUUCUGUAUUCAUAUCUCUCUACCGGCCUCAACGGGAUCAUCAAUGCUUGUUUACUGCUUUAAUUUUGUUUGCACUUGAGAUUUCUUGUGUAAUAUUGAAAGAGUCACCAUUCACCAAUGUGGCAAUUAAUGUUUUUCUUAGGACAUUUAAUUAUUAUUGUGGCUGAUCCAUCGAAAAAUGAAAAUUGUAUGGUGGUUGAUAAGGAGCUUUUUUUUUGA